AUGAGUCUUAAAUUCCUCGCUGCUCUUAUACCGCUCAUAUGUUUCACACAUGCAUCUUCUGAAAAAAUUCCGCUGGUCAUCGGCGGAGUGUUUGACAUCGACACAAAGCCUGGAGAUGAAAACUCUGCAAGUAUGAUCCCAAUAGUGCGCAUGGCAAUAAAACAUGUGAAUGCAUGUCCCAAAACACUGGUGAACUAUGAACUGCAAAUGGAAGUCAAAGACGUCAAGGUAGGAAACACGAUCAAUCUUAAGGAUUCUCGCUACAGUUAAAGCACUUUAACUUGAAGGAAACGGUAUUACUUUCUCGACAAGAGUUGAUGAAGAGAUAAUGGUGAUAGGUUACCAUGCCAAUAGUAGAACAUGUCAAGUCGCAGCCUUGUUGCAGAGUAAGAUUUUAUAGUCAUAUUCCAAAUUGUUCAAAUCGUUACUUCAACUUGAUCAUAAAGGAAACAUAUGUAAAUUCUCGUCAAUUUUAAAGCAUCUCGGUUUAAAAAUAUUUGGAAAGCAAAUGACCUCUUAUCACAUCCUCAGGCAACUUAUAAACUUAGUACCAUAAUGUUAUGUUUCUUAUUUGUCAAACAUCUUAUUGUGUCUGUAUAUCAUUCAGUGUCAAGACUCCGAUGCAAUCCACGCGUUCACUGAGUUCAUUCGAGAGGAGAAGAAGAAAAUCAUGAUCUUAGGACCUGGUUGUUCCAAAUCAGCAGAACCGUUUGCCAAGGCUACUCCUUUCUACAACUUGGUUCAAGUGAGUGCUAACCAUAUCAGAUCUUCGAAAAUACUUAAAUUUAAAAUAAUACAUAUUUGCAACUUCCAGUUUUCCAUUGGGUCAAAAAUUCUCGAUCAAAGUCAUUAUUCUUGGGAGCAAAGUAUCUCACAAAUUGAUAUCUUUGCUUUCUCCAGUUUAUCCGUAUAGUUUUGUGAAACUGCUCUCGUGAUGCUGGACUCUUCUUUUCGGUAUUUGUUGCUUUGUUCCAAGACAACACAUUUCACUAGCAGCGAAAUUGCGGUAAUCCCAGAACUAGAAAUUACGGUAAACUCAUCUAACACAAAAGACAACCAAUAACUCAGCCAAUUAGCGAUAAAUGUUAAUCUUCAUCAAUAUUUUAUGCUACUACAAGGUGGCUAUGGCGGGAGCAAACCCAGCUCUAUCAUGCGCGAAGAUCUUUCCAACGUUCAUGCGCACCAUACCACCGGAGCAUUUUCAAAACCAGGGAAGAGUGGCGAUCGUGAAACAUUUCAAAUGGAGAAGAGUGGCCAUACUGCGAGAGAAUAUGGACACUUACCAAGGACUUUCCAACGAUUUGGUCAAAAGGUUGAAAAAGGCUGGGAUACAGUUGGCCAGUUAUCAGACUUUCACCGGUAACGCUGAGUUGCAGAUCGAAAACAUACAGGUUUGAUAAGAGUAACUUUAACGCGGCCUGUAUCAGUUAAGCUGCGAUGGCCUGUGUUAGUUGAGCACUAAUUCAAAACCCUACCUUAUCUUGAAAUUUGAUGACUUUCAGGCUUGAGCCCUUGCCGACUUUCUUGAUUAUUACCAAAUUCCCUGCGUCAGUAAUGUUUGAGUCUGCUAAAGGAGAUAUCCUGUUAGUGCUACUGUUCAUGCCGAGAUUUUUGUACAAAAGCGUCUUCUAACACACACAGCAAAAGUAUGUUAUAGGCGUAUGGAAUUACCAUUUCGAUGUUUCAUACCUGAAUUGUUAAAUUCCAAGACGAUGAAGAAACGUUAACAGUGUUUUUUGUCGGCGCCAUCAGCAGUGGGUGUUUGAGAACUUUUUUCCUCACUAACUAACACUUUAGUUCCCCUUUUUAUCGUAGAAAAACGACUUGCGAAUAAUUUUUGGCAUGUUUUCAGAGAAAGCCGCAAGAAAAGUUAUUUGCACGGUAAGUAGGGUAGCUUUGUUAACGUAUCAGAGCUUGAAAAUCAAGAAAUAAUGAAUUUAGAGAGGCAAUAAACAGGAAGUUCAUUCUGGUCACCAUAAAAUGCUUUAUAGAGCAAAGGUUUAAGCUUUUUUUUAACUUAGAAACUUUACCUCAUGCAAAAUUCAUCUAACAAGUUUUCCUUGAUUUUGGUUUUAUGUGCGCGACACUAAUGGCCAGCGGCUGCAUAUGACAACAACACAUAUUAAAAACCCUUGUGACUUCGCAAUUUGCAAAAUGAUAGUUUUGAUUGGCUUAGCCAUGCAUCUUAAAAGAAGUAUUUCACUACGGAUGGAUCAAAAGUCACCCAUAUAUUAUCAUAGGGUUGAUGUUGACCUCUUACAAUUUAUUUUAUCUGUAUACGUAGUCGUUGGUUUUUUAAUAAAACAGCUAUUUCACCGCCGGCAGUCUCUGAUACUCAAGAAGUAACCACAGCAAACUCAUGUCUAACACUCGCUCGAGGAAUACAUGAAGUUAUUGUCUGGAGGUAAUUUCAAUUAUAUUCAAAAAAUUUUAGGCUUUUCAGAAGGGGUUUUAUGGUCCUAAAGUCGUCUGGAUUCUGAUGGCGGGUGGGUACAGAGAACAAUGGUGGGGCUACAAUGAUGUGAAUUGCACCAAAGAGGAACUUUGCAAGGCGCUCGGGAACUACCUCAGUACCGAGGCGUUGAUGAUUGGAAAAGAUAAUCAGGAUACGAUUGCCAGAAAGGUACGAUAAUCUCAUCUACUAUCACAGUUCACGGGUAGAAAAGACAGACUCAUAUAGAAAAUAUUUCGUUUUUAAUCAAUGCGGUCUGAAAUUUAGAUCUAUAAUGUCCAGCAAAGGCAAUUUGGAAGUUGAAAUAGCUCGUUUGGCUACCUUUACCAGACUCAAACUUCUCGAACGUCAGAAUUCUAUGAGUUGUAAUUUGUGUUUUUCUUUACUAAACUAUAGAAUUAUGCUAUGAAUGCAUGCUAACGAAUUGUGCAUAAGCAAGUUACUGCUUACUAAUAGAUUAAUUAAUACAAUUCUUCUUAAUUUGUCAAUUUAGACGCGUUUGAUAAUUCCAAUGGUAGUCAAGGUUCCGAAUUCAAAGAUAAAAUUUGGUUUCAACAAUUUACGAGAACUAUGUGAUUCCAAGCUUAUAUUUUAUCACCUCUGCGAACCUUUUCGCAUAAUUUUUGAUGGAAGAGCCUUCUAUGAAGCUGUAUCAAAUAAAUUUGAUCAGUUGAUUACAUUAAGAAUCUGCAUGUUUGACUGAGUAACAAGUAAAUUUAUUUCACGUUUUAUUCAUGCAUCUUUAUCUGAAGACCAUAGAAGAACUCAGAGCUGAGUACAAGGCAGAGCUGUCCAAGACUCCUUACAAAGAGCCCAGCCGUCAUGCCGCCUUUGCUUAUGACGCUGUGUGGACCAUAGCCCUUACUUUGCACAGGUCUAUCUCAGCACUUCAACAGCAAAACGAAACCAGAAACAUGUCAUUGGAAGACUUUGACUAUAACAAUACUGCUAUGAGGAAGACAUUCAUGAAGGUUGCAAAAGGGGUAUCAUUUCAGGGAAUGUCUGUAAGUGCCCUAUUAUAUGUAUCACUGUGAUUCCCAGCAUUUUGUUUUCUUGAAGGUCAAACUCCUUUGUUAGGUAUAGUUAUCGUUAGAAAACAAAGGCGAUACAUCAUAAACGCAUAAGUAAUUGUUUCUUUAACGAUCCAUGCAACAAAAAACGAAAAAAAUUGAACGGAGUGCAACUGACAAUCGACACGCACAUACGCGUUUUGACCUUGUUAAUUAUAUCAGUAUUAAGGAUUCUUAUCAUAAGCUCUGUAUGAAAUUAUUUAUGGACCGCUAUGUUAUUUUUGACCAAUUAAUAAACUGUCCGAGCAGGUUGGAGGUUCUAGUCCUUAUAAUGGACUCUUAUUACUUUUUUCCUUCCGGCACUCUCGAUGACUGACUUCCAUGAUGAGAAAGAGAGGUAGUUGUUCAUUUCCUUUUCUAGUCAUGUGCAAUUGGCUUGUCAUUGAACUCCGAAUAUGUCUUGGUUCCCCAACAAGUUUUCUUUAUCUUAGUUGGCAGAGCAGCUGACUGCUUUGAAGUUUCCGAUCUUAUCUCAAAGAAUGCAAAAAGUGUUCUUCCAAGGCAUUCUAUAGAGAGGUUGACUUCACUCUUCGAGUCGAAUUUCGCUCCAUUGCCUUUUAUGUUCUUCGUGGAAAUACAUGGGUUUUGCCGUUAGGAGAAAAACUGACCUCCGCUACUGCGAUAGAUGGCAGCAUAUACAGUAACAAGUAUCCUGUUUACUAUUCCAGGAAUUCAUCACAAAUCUCGGUCAUGAUACUUUGUGGUCAUUCUUUUGCUUUUUAUGAAGAAUGUUUUGCCGUUAGGAAAAAACUGCGUAAUUUCUAUAUUUUUUUAUUCCAGGAAUUCAUCUCUUCAGGGCUUGGUACAAUUUCUAUAAGAACUCUGACAGGCUAAAGAACUUGACAGGCUAACAACAUUGAUCAGCGUCAACGUAUGUACUCCUUUAAUGAUGUUGAUAACAAAACGAAAUGAUGCUUUUUUUAAUUAUCGUAUUAUUCCUCUCUACAGGUGGCGAAAUGAAACGAAUUGGAACUUAUGAUAUGAAAAGGAAAGUCAUCGUAGUCGAUAAGAGCCAAACAGCGCAGUGGGAAGGUACUGCUCAGAUGUCUUCUAGACUUUGGUAGAUUUCUUUUUAACAAAAACUCUUGAGCAAGUUUCAACGAUACAAUCUUCUUUUAUAAAACGAAAAGCGUGGUCAAAAACUUUUUAGAACUCCUCAAGUGAGCAAAUAAUUAUGCAACAAAGAGUUUAUGAUUGCGUAUAAUAGAAAUAAUAUCACAGGGAAACUGAAUGAGAAUUGCGUUUUUCGCAUAUUUAUGUUAACCAGAUAAAAAGGUUCCAGCCUGCAGUAUCAAAAAAAUCCUUGAGCCACGGUACCUUCCCAAGAGUAUGGUAUUUACCAUGGAUGGAUUGUGCGUGCUCGGGAUCCUCUUUGCGGCAGGGCUCUUCUUUUUCAACUUUAAGUAUCGAAAUGUCAGGUAGAAACUCUCCAUUGCACUAUUUUCUUAUUUAUUCACUUAUGCUACGUUAUCUCUCUAAAUUUAAUAGUUCAGAGGAAAACUUAUUCACAAAAUUGAAUUAAUCCACUGAUAGGCCCUCUUGGUUCUGCCAAAUGAUAUUACCAGCUAAACUUAAUGUGUCAAGAGAGCAUCAGAAUACAGAAGGAGACCAGGUGAAAUGAAAUCUGGCGCAGAAAGGAAGGCUUCUAAUCCAGGCCCGUCACUUCCAUCAGAUGUAUUCAUAUAUAGGUCUUAAGAAUAGAAGCCUUUUCCUGGUUGUGUGGGCUUAAAAGAUUUCGGAAGGAAAAUAAAAAGGAUUUAUUUAGCGGUUAUUCACAGUGCAGAUGUCGUGGGAAAUAAAUUUUUGCCUCCACCUAAAACUGUCAUAACUCAAGUGGCCAGGACAAAUCCUAGCUCAGCCAAUGUCUAAUUGUUUAUGUCUUUUGAGAACUAGAAAACCAAAUUUUAUAAAAAGAAUAAGGUUUCGUUGAAUUAUCUCUGGUUGAAAGACUGAAAUAGUACUAACUGCAAUACCAACGGCAAGAGACUUAAAUAUUCACGGUUCUGCAUUUUGCAAAUCAAGAUAAGAAGGAAGGUAAAUUUAGUCCUUAGGGAUAGGGUGGAGAAAGCAACAUCUUUGUUCUCCUCGUUUCGGUGAUUAUUGCACAUUGCUAGGUUUAUUGAGUGAGUAGGUCUGUUCAGGGACAUUUGCAAGGGUUUAAAAACUGUUGAGAAAAUUCUUACCACUACUUUGCUCUCAUUCUCAGUUUAAAACUGGCUAUUGGAUUUUUCUGAAGUCGCCUAGGAGAUCGGGAAUUCUCUUAAAUCAACCUUACUUUAAUCAUAUAUUUAGACACACAUGAAACACCGUAACAAUCGUUCAUAAUCAGUUAUUAAAUGCUUAUCUCUGCCUCCAGGUAUAUUCGAAUGUCCAGCCCGAAUAUGAAUAACAUUAUUAUUCUGGGAUGUGUUUUGAUCUACAUUUCUGGAAUCCUUUUCGGCAUUGACGCAGAAAUUGUCUCAAAGAAGACCCACGAGAAAGUGUGUCAGGUAUGACGUUGCAAAUUGAACUAAAGGGAAGUGAGGAAUGAGUAGAAGUACAUUAACAGUCUAAUGCACGGUGAAGGCGAAUGCCUAAAUCACAAUCGUGUGAUUGGUUAAUGAUGUGGUACGAGCUUUUUUGGACCAAUCGGAAACCGGGAUGAGUAAAGCAAAAACAAUGCAAUCCCGGACUACUUUGGACAAUCGUUAAGAUAUUUGGAAAUUUCGUGGAUGAAGGAAGAAUUCACAAGUGUAACGUUAUUGAGACAGAAAGCUACACAGUUUUGAAGUGGUCUGCAUGCAAAGCCAAAACUAGAAAAGAAGGAAAACAGUAGUUUAAAGAUUUCGAAAUACCAAGUAAAGAGUGAGGGUGUAGGUUUUUGUGGAGCAUUAGGCAGUUCUCGUUCAAAUGAGUUAUUUAUUACCUAUUUACUCUUUCAAAUUAUGUAGACUAGUGCAUGGACGGCAUCAUUUGGAUUUACCAUGGCUUUCGGUGCCUUAUUCUCUAAGACAUGGAGGGUUCAUCGCAUUUUUAUGAACAAACUUAAAAAAACGGUAAGUUGUUGAAUAUCAAUCAAUCGGAUCAUUUAUUUUUCUCUCAAAGUCAUGAGACGACCACGAUUAAAUUUUGAAGCUAAGAAGCGGAGGGGUCAUCUUGGAGUGCAAUAAGCCUCUUCCGGAUGAAAAAUAAUAAUGAAUGACGAUGAGGAUGAUUACAAAACCAGGUAUCCUUCCGAAUUCUAUGAGGGGGGAGGGGGGGUUUAAAAAAUCAUUUCCUUGCCUCCAUAAUUCUGAUGAGCACAAGCCUAAGAUAAAUGUACCUUAAAGAUGAAUGCAAUCAGCCCAGGUUAAAAAUAAUACGAAUUUCAUAGGAGAGCACGGCUUAUUUUGAGCAACAUUUAUCAUUUGUUCAAUCCCCUGCUUUAGGUGAUCCAAGACUACCAGCUAAUCAUUGUGGUAAUUCUUCUCCUGAUGAUUGACGCCUGCGUCCUUUCCACCUGGCAAAUACUGGACCCCAUAUAUACCACUUCUAAGACCUUCCCAAGGAGGGUAAGCCUCGUCUAUUUCUUUCCGUACGACUUCAUUAUGAGUCUUUUUUUAUUUUAAUGAGAAACUUUUUUCACGUCAUUGAAUUCAAGUUUGAGAAAAACUUAAAAGUAUAAUUGAAUGCUCCAUACAUUUAAAGCAUUGACAUUGCGCCCAAAGUAAAAGGUUGUUACCUGAAUAAUUAAUUCUGAUGUUUCAAGAUGAUUUUAAUACGUUUUCCAUAAAUCCUUUUUACAUAUGUACAAUGCAAUACAUCUGCUUUGUUCUUCUUGUCCAUGUGGAACAGAGACAACUAGUAGUCCAGUUUAAGCCAAUACUUUACCUUUUAAAGGAGUUCGUAAUUUUUCUGCAUUCAGAGUAAUAUAAUUAUAGCAAAUAGAAGUAUCACAGAUGACAAACGUAAUGGGCGUAAUUAUCAAAUAUUUCAGAUUGACCAAGACGGUGACAUUGCCAUUUACCCAUACCAGACCUUCUGCACUUCAAAACAUGAAAACUUAUGGACAGGUUUGCUAUAUGGUUACAAAGGCUUCCUUCUGCUAUUCUGCACCUACCUGGCAUGGGAAACUCGCAAAGUCCAUAUGCCAGCGCUAAACGAUUCCAAGCAGAUCGGCUUUGCUGUGUACAAUGUGUUCAUUCCUUGUGUCAUUAUCAUUCCUAUACUGAACCUACUGGGGAGUCACAGCGAUGCAGUGUACUUGUUAAGCACUUUGCUGUGCCUUUUCUGUACCACCAUCACUCAGUGCCUGAUCUUUGUUCCAAAGGUAACUACAAGGAGCUACCUACUUUUCGCAAUCUAAGGCAGGAGGCAAAACCAAAAUUGUAAAAAAAGUUUCCAAUUAUAGUGAAUUUAUAUUAUGGAGGGAUUGGAUACACUUCAAAUGGUUAAAUAAUCUCAUUUCAAGCGGCAUGUUAAGGUACACUGUACCGUCAACAGAAAAGUCCGGAGACGGAGCGUGGCACGUUCUUUACCUUCAGGAGGUCAUACGCUACCGUUUUAAACCAGUUGGGACUUUUAACCAAGUCUACUUUUUGUGAAAUUAUUCCAAUGUCGCUUUCUAUGAUUGUCGAGGAUAGCAACAGAGUCUAGCAAGUAUUAUGCGUUGGCGUUACAUAUUAAGUCUCAGAGAUCUGACAAGAAUGAAGAAUUCGAAGUAAAUGCAGGGUGUAUAAAAUUAAGUACUUUUCUUGCACUGCAUGAUGAUGAAUUAUCACCAUCACCGCGGUUAAGCAACUCUAAUUUCAGGCAAAAUUAGUUUUCCACGAGAGGCUAAGCACCUCCUCAGGUUUCGAAGAAAACUUGCUCUGACUGGGUCAAAACAGCUCAGAACUUCAAAUUGCCUUGUAGAGAGUUACUAUAAAUAUAAACAGGUUCAGGUUAAUUUGGGUAACUUAUUUGAUUAUUUGACAGAUUUUUGCGAUGAAACGCACAAAUGGUGACCCGUCUAGUUACGAGAAGGGUUCACUCUCUUCUGGCAGUACCGUCGACAGCAAAAUUUGCCCAUCAUCUUCAGCAAAAAGCCUUGAUCAUAAUUACAAAGCGGAGAAAACAACCUUUCCACCACAUGCUGGUUAAAAACAUCUUUACAUUUUGGUGAGUAUUUCAUAUGAGCCCAAAACAGAUAAUGUUUUUGCAUGUCGGCUUUGCUCAAUGAGGCUUUUUCUGUCGUUUAAGUACUGUUUAUAAAGGUUAAAGUCAUCUAACUAUAUAGAGUGUGGAGGAUUUUUCAAAACUAAUUCAUGGCUGCGCUGAAAAGUUGAUCAUAUGCAUGCAGGUUAGAUUGGAUGAGAGACAUGUAUGCCUUUUUUUUUUUUUUUUUUUUGUUUCAUUUUGUCUCGGUUGCUUUCCUUGCUUGGUGGAGAUUUUUUGCUUUUUACAAGGUUUAAUUGCAAAAGAAGAAAAAAAACUCUCUAUAUGAAUUAUAAAAAGAAAAUGAAAACAAAACAAAAGUGUUAACUAGUGACGCAAAGCCUCCUUUAUUUGCCGGUCGGCGUUUGUUUUUGUUUGUUGUUGUUCUUGUUUUAUUAGCUUUUGAUAAUUUCAACAAUGAUGAAGCCUCGAGAUAAUAAAAUCGAACGUGGGCAAUCUAGAACACGCGUAAAGAAACACCGGACACUUCGAAACACUAUGGAGGUGAAAAUGUCGGUGGGAGAUGGCAACACCGUGCAACGGUCACCUCACUUUUUUGAAAUUGAUAUAUAGUUCGUUGAUAUCUCAACCUAAAAAAGGAGAAUAGUUGCAUAAAAAAUUUUUGCCAUCUUUGACUCUUUUCCACUUCCAGGAACCACGUCACCAUGGAGGUACUUGCUCUAUCUUCUCAUGAAUACAG